GGGUUGUAUUUGUUAAGUUUGCGCGGUUCGAGUCGACUUGUGUUAGUAGCUUUAAAGUGUAUACAGUUUACAAUAUAUUAGAUUGUCCUUGUGGUUUAGAACAUGGGAGAAUGAAUUCUCAAAAUGAAUCAUUUGUCGACUUGAUAGAAAAAUUUUCGGAAUGGUCAAUACCGAACGUGGAGGAAAAUCUUGCGCACUCACUGUCUGUGCUUUUAAGAAUAUUGGAAUUUCCAGACCAAAAGGCAUUGUCACUUCAGGCUUUGCAAGCCCUUCUGAGCAAAUGUUUGCCUUGUAUACCUGUAAAUGAUGUGGAAGAAAAAUUAUUUCAGUAUGCCUUGCCUUCUACAAGACAGCUAUUUAACGAGACCUUAGAGGGGAUUUGCACCAGGUUGCAGGAUGCACAGACUCAGCAGUGUGACAAACUUCUGGACAGUGUGAAUAGCUUGCUUCAGGUCUGCACUGAACUGCUGACAUGCAUUGACAGUGCACUUCAUUAUGUACUGAGAAGUGGAAAGGUGGACGCAGCUUUAGUUCCCAGUCUUCCAAAAGUAGCUGUACACAUCCUGUAUGAAGCUUUCAAACAUUGCAAAGAGAGCGAGAAGAUGUAUGGGGCAUUGUUCCAACCUGUUGGUGAUGCUUUAACGUCACUGUUCCAGAAGAGUCGUGAGUUGCAGUUGCAUUUUCUGGAAGUUGUUUCAGAGAACCUGCAGUUCAGAUGCACUUAUGAGGCUGAACUAGAGCUGCUUACAGAAAUACUGGAUAUGUUAGGGGAAAUUGGCCAGUUGGUGAUGGAUUUGGAUGUGAAGACCAUGGCAGAACAGUGGAAGGGUUAUGCUCGCCUGGCCUUUCAGUAUGUUGACCAUUUGAAACCUCGCCUUGAUGUUGCGGGACCCCUCCGGUUCCUGGCUGCAGAUGUUUCACGUAGCCUAAAGAGUGUUAUAGAAGUGGACCAACCUGAUAUGAAGUUCAUAACACGGACUGUGAAAGUUGGAAACUUUGCUCUAAAAAUUAUUAUCAAAUUGUGUGACCAGUACAGUGGAUUUCUGGGCCCCUGUCAUGACGAACUGUUUAAGAUGCUGCUCACAGCUUACAGGUACUCUUCUCCGUAUCUGCGGAUGAAAAACGUACCUAAGGAUGUAAUACAGAACGUGGAGACACAUAUGACCAUAGGUGCAGAACCUCUGCUGGCACAUCUUGUUGCAGAAGUUGAAUUCACAGAGAAAGUCAUUGCUUAUGUUGAUAAAUUAGCAGAGGCAGAGAGUGAGCGACUUGCUUUCCUGCUGCUGUCGGUUUCCAUUCUCAAGAAACUUCUUCACUGCAGUCAGGCUGUAAGAAAACUGUGGCUGGGCUGCAAUUCAGAGCUUAACAUACUGUCUGUGCUCUUCAGAACUCUGGGCUAUUGCCACGCAGAAAUGAGUUGGGAUCUGCAGUUCCCUGGAGUGAGCCACAGUGAUGAGCCCCAGAGGAUGACGGACCUGUAUGAAUAUACAGUCACUCAUGUAGCAGCAUUUGUCAUGUCAACUUCAGCGCAGGAAUUCCUUUCAGUGGAGCACGUUCUGAUUGCAAGUGUUAUGCAGCCUGCCGUGUGGAGGGCACUUCUGUCCAUGGACGUCUGGUGCAUUGUGGCUCGGUCUGGAAGCUCAGAACUGUGCUUCCAGCAGUUGUGCCAUCUCAUCGAAGUCAUGAAACAUCUUGUCCAUCAUCACGGGCGCCCCGAGAAGACGUACGUGACAGUGCUUGCUGGCAGACUGUUCCCACUGCUUCCAAAUAAACACAAAGUGCAGAUAGUUGAAAUGUUCCCUCCAGAUACAGAUCUGUGUGUGUGGCAAGCUCUAAGCGUGAAAGCUUUGCCAGAAAAGCUCAAGGCAGCAGUGACUGAGAGUUUAGUGAGGGCCGCCAUCUUGCAUACAGAGAGGUUGCUUACACUUCCAGCUUCACCUGAGCUGUACAGUCAUAUGGUGGACAUCCUUGCUGCUGCUUCACAGUGUGUUGAAUUGCUUACUCCAAAUGAGAGAGACAUGUUGUCAGCCAUUACAGGUCAUGUGGUGACACUGUGGCAGCGCGUUGCCCUUAACGAACUUCUGACUGCUGAGGAGACGAGCGUUAAAGGGUUCCAGUGGAUUAAUCAUUUUGUAUCUGUUCUGUGCUCACUGUCUGCUCCUCUUACACUUCACAUGAGCAACUCACAAUUAAUUCAGGUUCUUGUAAGGCUGAAGGACAUCAUUGCCUGUGGAUCAUCAGCAGCGAAGCUCAAGGUUGUUACCAUUUUGAACAGACUUGCAGAUACAUUUGUGGACUCCACUCCGGAUCAGAUGCAAGUGUUCCAGCACAUAGCAGGAUUGUUUGCCUCUCUGCUGCUAGAUGAAAAUCAAAUAGUGCAACAGAUGACAUUAGAAACAUUCACAUAUUUUGCACAUGUAAAUUCUCAUGAAUGUAUUCUUGCACUGUCUGUCAAGAACAAUGAAAACCUCCAACGAAAAACCAGAACAUAUUUGCAGAAGUUGCCUGUGAAGGCAUCUAUUGAAAAUUUCCUGUCACUUGAAUCUUAUAUUAAAUGUCAGUCUGAAGUGAAGUUUUCUCACAGUUGCAAAACUUCUGUGACUGAACGUGAAUCUGUCGCUGACACCAAGCUGAUCCCAAAAUUGGAACUUCAUACAUCAGAAGAGAUUAAAAGUAUCGAUCAUCUGCCAAAGCGACAGAAGGUAGCUGUUACUGAGGACAGUGUGAUCAAAGCAAUUGAAAGGCUGAAGUAUGAUACAGGCAUGGUUGUCAGGUUCUGUGAGUCCAGCAGUCUGCCAGUGGAAGCAAAACAGGAAGUACUGAAAGUUGCUGUUCAGUUGAAUACACUUGUGUCAGCAUUGAAUUGAAUCAUCAGUUUGAAUGGUUUUUCAUAAAUUUUAUGUGUGUUUCUGUAAUUAUAUGUUGAAUGUGCACUCAUUUGUACUUAUGUCAGUUACUUCUGUCAUACUCAUCCAUUUAUGAUCCAGGCCAUGUGUGAGUAAACGGAAAAGGCAGACAAGCAGUCUGAUACAGUAGCAUGGAUCAUGCUGUAGGCUAGGUCUGGUUGGCCUGUAAUGGGAAAUGAAAAUUGUUACCGAAUUUUGUGUCUUUUAUGUAAGAGAUAUUAGAAGUUAUCAAUCAAAAUGAUCAACGGUACAGUGUUGUACUCCCAUAUCAGCUUCCUGUCACAGGCCCAAUAAAAACACCUGAAAAUAUGAUAUUUGCUGCAUACUUUGUUAUUACGAGUAUGUGAUGCAUCCAUAGCUGUUGAAGCGAUGUGCAAAUGUUGUGAUAAGAGUUUUUGCAUGUGAUUUGAAUCAUUCCCAAAAUUCUUUACUUGUAUAAGUAAACUUUUUUCUGAAUUUGAUUGUUCUGUCUUUACAGUUUUAUCCGAAAGUCGGAAAUUUCCCUUCUAUGUACAUAAAAAUGUUUUGCAAGAAUGACAUGUAUCAUUGUUAUCAAGUGCACUGAUAGGUUACCAGAGCAAUGAAUUGUCAAGUAAGAUGUUGCAUGAACUGAAGUCUAUGAGGUCAUGAAUGAGCAUGCAGUCUUGUUGCAGUAUAUCGUGUCUGUUCUGUGAGUGUGUGGAUAUGUGAAGUGUAGCA